UAUCCUAAAAGUUACUGUACAAUGAAAUCUAAUUCCACAUUUUAUCCGGCGAGCCAAGUCAGCUGGAUUCAGGACACAUGUGACAAGGAGCAGUGCAGUGCUUUAACACCUCAAGAUGAACACCGAUUUCACUGCUGCUACCCGUGCCCCAGCGGGUGGGUGAGAUUGGACCAGUCCUGUUUCUUCUUUUCCACGUUCAACAUGAGUCGUCUCGAGAGCGAGUGGACUUGUUCGAGUAAAGGCGGAAUUCUGGCCGUGAUCAAAAGUGACAAAGUGCAGACCUUCCUGACUCAAAAUGGGAACGGCUUGAAAUAUUGGAUCGAUGGUUCAGUGUUUCAAGACAUGGGGACCAACGACACACAAGACGGUGACUGGAUCGACUUUGACGCUUUAAUAAAAUGCACUGUUUUGGACACCAGCCUUCCCGCUAAGGAAAACAAGAAGCUUUAUGAUUGCAGCAUGGAAACCUACUUCAUCUGUCAAGUCCAUAUCUGAACCGCACAUCAUCUGGA